AUGAGAAAAUUUUUUUACACAAAUAAUUUGGUAAGAAAUAAUGGAAAAGAUAUAAGAACACGAUCAUUUCAUUUAAGUUCUUGCUUAUAUGAUUAUAAUUUUAACCCAAGUAUGACCUCGUAUAUUGAGAAUACAUAUAAGAUAUGGAAAGAAGACAGAAACAAUUUACACAAAUCGUGGGACUCUUUAUUUAGCAUGUAUCCACAUGCAGAAAUGGAUAAUUAUAAUAACCCAAUAAAAAUAAAUCGAAAGACUGAUAAUUAUAAUAAUAGUAAUUGUUUUCAAGAUGUGCUUAAGAAUAAUAAUCUUCGAAUUACAUAUGUGAAUAAUGAAAUGCUUGAAAAAGGGAAAACAGAAAAUAUUUAUGAUCUAGCUAGGAUUGUUCAAUUAAUUAGAUGGUAUCAAAAGAAAGGACAUUUAUAUGCUAAUAUAAAUCCUUUGCCAUUACCAAAAGAACCUCCCUAUAGUAGUGUUUGUUAUGAACCUUGUAAAAGGAAAAUGUCUUACGUGGAUUUUGGUUUUAAUGAGGAUGAUUUAGAUAAAGAGUUUUUUUUUGAUUUGCCGUCGAUUAGUGGUUUUUCAAGUAAUGGUAUGAAAAAAUGUAAUUUAAGAAAUUUAUUAAAAAGAUUAGAAGAAACAUAUUGUGGUACUAUUGGUUUUGAAUAUAUGCAUAUAACAAAUGAAAAUAUAGUAAAUUAUAUAAUACAAAGAAUAGAGAAGGACAAAAAAUAUGAAUAUGAUACAAAGAUGAAAAAAAGAAUUUUAGAAUAUACUGCUCGAGCAUUUAUAUUUGAAAAUUAUAUGGCAGCUAAAUUUGCUACAACAAAAAGAUUUGGAGUUGAUGGAUGUGAAACAUUAAUUACUGGUAUGAAAGCAUUAAUAAAAAGGGCUGCUCAGUUAGAUGUAGAUAGUGUAUUGAUGAGUAUGUCUCAUCGAGGUCGAUUGAAUGUUUUAUUUAAUGUAUUACAUAAACCAUUAGAACAAAUGAUGUCAGAAUUUCGAGGGAAAACUGGUUUUAGUGAUAAUAUAUGGGGAAAUACCGGAGAUGUAAAAUACCAUUUAGGUGUUGAAAUUGAUUAUUAUGAUGAAGAUUCACAAAGAUAUAUACAUAUGGGUAUAGUAGACAAUUCGUCUCAUUUAGAAUCUGUUGAUCCUAUUUUAAUGGGUCAAGCUAGAGCACAACAAUAUUAUUGUAAUGAUAAAGAAAAAAAGAAAGUGUUACCAAUAACUAUACAUGGAGAUGCUUCAAUCGCUGGACAAGGAAUUGCAUAUGAAACAUUUCAAAUGUCUAAAUUACCAAGUUAUAAUGUGGGUGGUACUAUACAUAUUGUGGUUAAUAAUCAAAUAGGAUUUACCACAUAUCCAAUAGAUGCAAGGUCAGGAAAAUAUUGUACAGACAUAGCUAAAUGUAUAGAUAUACCAAUUAUACAUGUAAAUGCAGAUGAUCCAGAAGCUGUAACAUAUGUAUUUGAAUUAGCAUUAGAUAUUCGAAAUAAAUUUAAUAUUGAUACAAUUAUUGAUAUUGUAGGUUAUAGGAGAUUUGGGCAUAACGAAUUAGAUAUGCCAAAAUUUACGAAUCCAUUAUUAUAUGAUGUAAUAGCUAGACAUAAAUCUGUUUUAGAUAUAUAUAGUAAAAAAUUAAUUGAUGAAAAUAUUAUUAGUCUUAAAGAAUUUGAAGAUAAUAAAACUGAAAUAUUUAAUUUUUAUGAACAAGUGUAUGAGAAAUCCAAAUCAUUUGUACCAACACCUAAGGAAAAAUAUUUACCUCAAUGGGAACAUAUGGUAACACCCCAAAAAUUUUCUCCCUCACGAAAAACAGGAGUAGAAAAAGAUGUAUUAAUAAAUCUUGGGAAAAAGAUAUUUACAUUACGUGAAAAUUUCACUGCUCAUCCAAUAAUAACAAAAUUAUUUAAAAGUAGAAUAGAUAGUUUAGAAACAGGCAAAAAUAUAGAUUUUGGUACCGCUGAAUUAUUAGCUUAUGCAACUUUAUUAUCUGAUGGAUUCCAUGCACGUUUAUCUGGUCAGGAUUCACAAAGAGGAACUUUUUCUCAUCGACACGCAGUAUUACAUGAUCAAAUAACAUAUGAAUCAUAUAAUAUAUUUGAUUCAUUAAAAACACCACAUACCAUAGAAGUAAAUAAUUCUCUUUUAUCUGAAUACGCAUGUUUAGGUUAUGAGAUAGGAUAUAGUUAUGAACAUCCAGAUGCUCUUGUUAUUUGGGAAGCUCAAUUUGGUGAUUUUGCUAAUGGAGCUCAGGUUAUGAUUGACAAUUAUAUUGCAUCUGGUGAAACAAAAUGGAAUAAACAAUCGGGUAUUGUUAUGUUAUUACCUCAUGGAUAUGAUGGACAAGGUCCUGAGCAUUCAUCUGCUCGGAUAGAACGUUUUUUACAAUUGUGUGAUGAUAGAGAAGAUAUAGCUACCUAUUCUGUUGAAAAAGAUAAUAAGAUUAUUCAGCAGCAUAAUAUGCAGGUUAUAAAUUGUAGUAAACCAUCUAAUUUUUUCCAUGCAUUAAGAAGACAAAUGCAUAGAUCUUUUAGGAAACCAUUAAUUGUAAUAACACCUAAGAAAAUGUUGAAAAUGAGAAUGGCAUUUGAUAAGAUUGAAAAUUUUUUAACGAACACUGAAUUUUUACCUUAUUUACCAGAAGAAGUUGGUCAUAAAUUGAAAGAUAAAAAAGAAAUCAAAAGAAUUAUAUUAUGUUCAGGACAAGUAUAUUAUGAUUUAUUAAAUUAUAGAUAUACAAAUAAAAUUGAUGAUGUAGCUAUUGCCAGAAUAGAACAAUUAUCUCCUUUCCCCUUUAAACAAAUAAUGAAUGAUCUGCAAACUUAUCCAAAUUUGAGAGAUAUUAUAUGGGCACAAGAAGAACAUAUGAAUAUGGGUCCAUGGUUUUAUGUCUCUCGUCGUAUUGAAGCAUCUAUAAAACAAUUAAAAAAAGAUAAACCAAAAUGGAAUAUUCAAAUUCCUCAGGUACGUUAUUCAGGAAGGGAUGUAUAUGCAGCGCAAUCAGCAGGUGAUCUUAAUUUACAUCUUUAUCAAUUAGAUGAAUUUUUAGUUGAUGCAUUUAAUUUGGAUAAAAAAUAUAACAUGCAUGUUCAAAAAUAUACCGAUGCGUUAUAA